AUGGAGACUCCAAAUUCAACCUGGCUCCACGAUCAAAUCCAGUCCUGGCUACACAUCGAUGAUAUAUUCCAGCCAGAGUUCCUUGCGGGUAUCAUCAUUGUGACAGAGGACAACAGUAUACAGCCGAAUCUGUCAGCUUCUAUCGAAAGCCUGCCCAUGGGGUGGAGGCCAGAAUGGUGGACCACCCUCAACAAAGAGGUUGGCGGCCAGCUACUCCCAGGUCCUCGCAUGGUCUCAUACGGGAAGCUUUACACUGUCCACAGGAUAUACGAUGACGUGAACGGGGCUUUCAUGGUCGCCAUCCAGCCCCCGAUUACCCCAGGACCAUUCAAAAACCUCCGUGUUAGCGGUGACUUCUAUACAAGCCUCGGAGUUGCAGUGAGCUCACGUAUACCUGGGGUCCAUGCAGAGGACAAGCCACUUGGUGGUGUGAGAUUUGCGGUUAAAGACAUAUUCGACGUCGAAGGGCUCCGGGUUACAGCAGGGGAUCGGGCGUUCUAUAGCCUCUCCAAACCGGCAACUGUAACAAGCCCAGCAAUCAAGAGACUGAUUGAUGCCGGAGCUGAGCUCCUGGGUACUCUCAAACUAGGCUCACUGAUCGCCCGAGAGGAGCCCACGGAAUCUGUUGAUUACCAUGCGCCGUUCAAUCCAAGAGCAGAUGGCUAUCAGUCUGCUUGGAGCAGCAGCGGUGGAAGCGGCGCAGCCAUUGCUUCGUAUGAUUGGCUGGACUUCACCCUUGGCACAGACAGAAGCAGUCGGCGGCCCGCCAUGGCAAAUGGAGCUUUCCAGAUCCGCCUUACUCAUAACCUGAUUCCCUUGGACAACGCAGUACCCUCUUUCCCGAGAUUUGAUUCGCCCGCCAUGUACACGAGAAGUAUUAUCUCGUUAGAGAAAUGGAUGGGCGUUUGGCUCAAUCAGACGAGUGCUACCUACAAUGAUCUUCCUAUUUCAAUUGUCUACCCUGUUGACUUUCUUCCAAUUCAAAACACGAAGCAGAUGCAACUAAUUGAUUUAUUCCUUGCUGACAUGGAGGCCACAUUCGGCAUCAAGACGGAUAAGGUUUCCAUAGCUGACACCUGGAGAGAUUUCCCACCAAAUGAAGCUGUAAACGUCACAGUUCAGGAGUAUCUAAAAGAUGUUGGGAUCAACACCUUUGUCUACGAUGCUUAUCAUACAAUGGACAGCUUCAGAGAAGAGUACCAUGAAAAGUUUGGCCGGGAGCCUUACAUUAACCCUGUGACUCGUUUCAGAUGGUUUGUGAAUCGUUAUCAAUUUGAAAAUCUUAUGGAGCGUUUGCUGACGGACUCGGAGGGACCUUGCCAAACACAUUUCAGGCGCAGAACAUGA